AUGAGUGAUUCAGAGGACGAUAGGCCUCUUGUGGCCAAGUCCAAAGAAACCAUCUCCAAGGCCGUCGACGCAGCCAUGGACAAGCAGAACGGCGAGACCAACGGCGCUGCGCUUCCGGGCAUCAGCAUAGCUAAUGGUCCUGUCGAGGACAUGGAUGUUGAUAAGCCGACUUCUAAUGGCAAGCGGAAAGCCUCGAUGACCAAUGGAAACAGCUACAAGGAGGCAAGCGAGUCUGACGACGAAGACGAUGUGCCUCUCAAGAAGCGCAAGACGGCAGCUACCUCGGACGACUCGGACGAUGAUGUGCCACUUGUGAAGAAGACACAGAAGCCGAUCCAGGUGACGGCGGCGCAGAUUGGUGAAGACUCUGGCGACGAGCCCAUCGUCAAAAAGCUUCAGAAGGAGAAGGCCAUGAUUGAGAAGAAGGCCGAGAAGGAAGCCAAGGAGAUCCGCGCAGAUGAGUCGAAGUCGAAGCGCAAGUCCAAAAAGCCCGUGAGUGACGAUGAGGAUGAUGAGCCGAUCGCGAAAAAGACAGCUUCCACGAAGAAGCAGACGAAUGGCGCAAAGAGGAUCAAGAAGGAGGAGUCGGAUGAGGACGACAAGCCUCUCGCCAAGAAGAAGGCGCCUGCAAAGAAAGCUGCGGCGAAGAAAGAAGAGGCCACUCCGAAGAAAGGCAAAGGCAAAGUCAAGAAGGAGGAGUCGCCUGAGGAAGACGGCGAGGAAGAGGAAGAGUACAGGUGGUGGGAGGAUCCAUCAAAAGGCGAUGGCACGACCAAGUGGAACACCCUCGAGCACAACGGAGUGGUCUUCCCUCCCGAAUACGAGCCACUUCCGAAGAACGUCAAACUACUCUACGAUGGCGUACCAGUUUCGAUGCACCCAGGGGCCGAAGAGAUUGCGCAUGCGUUUGGUGCCAUGCUGAACUCAACACACAACGUGGAGAACCCAACCUUCCAAAAGAACUUCAUGCACGACUUCAAGGAGAAGCUCGAGGAGACUGGCCAUGCAAAGGACCCACAAGGCAAGCAGGUGAAGAUCACGAAGUUUGAGAAGUGCGACUUUAAGCCCAUCUUCAACCAUGUGGACGCAGAACGACAAGCAAAGAAAGCUCUUCCAGCUGCAGAGAAGAAGAAGCUGAAAGCCGAGAAGGACGAGAUCGAAGCUCCAUAUCUGUACUGCAUGUGGGACGGGCGCAAGCAGAAGGUUGGCAACUUCCGCGUCGAACCGCCAGGCCUCUUCCGAGGACGAGGCGAGCACCCAAAGACCGGCAAGUGGAAGAAGCGCGUUCUGCCAGAGCAGAUCACCAUUAACAUCGGCAAGGAGGCAACGGUACCAAAGCCACCGGAGGGCCACCAGUGGAAGGAGAUCAAGCACGACAACACAGCGACCUGGCUAGCGAUGUGGCAAGAGAACAUCAAUGGAGCAUACAAGUAUGUCAUGCUGGCAGCAAACUCCGACAUCAAGGGUCAAAGUGACUACAAGAAGUUCGAGAAGGCACGUGAGCUCAAGAAGCACAUUGAUCGUAUUCGAAAGGACUACACGAAAGAGCUCAAGUCGGAGAUCAUGGCCGAGCGACAACGCGCCACGGCCGUGUAUCUUAUCGAUCAGUUCGCGCUUCGAGCUGGCAACGAAAAGAGCGACGAUGAAGCCGACACAGUCGGUUGCUGUUCUCUGAAGUUCGAAAACGUGACACUCAAGCCACCGAACAAGAUCAUCUUCGACUUCUUGGGCAAAGACAGUAUUCGGUUUUACGACGAGGUGGAGGUCUCCGAGCAGGUGUUCAAGAACUUGAAGAUCUUCAAACGAUCACCGAAGAAGGAAGGCGACGAGAUUUUCGACAGACUCACAACCUCGGGACUGAACAAGCACUUGUCAAACUACAUGCAAGGCUUGACCGCCAAGGUUUUCCGUACCUACAACGCAUCCUACACCAUGUCCACGCUUCUUCAGCAGAUGACGCCCGAUCACUCCGGCAAAACAGCUAUAGCUGAGCAAGUCAAGGCCUACAACGAUGCAAAUCGCAAGGUUGCCAUCUUGUGUAACCACAAGCGUACCGUUGCCGCAGGCCACGCGCAGCAGAUGGAGAAGAUGGAAGACAAGAUCAAUGCUCUGAGGUACCAGCAGUACAGAGUCAAGCUUAUGAUGCUAGACCUGGAUCCGAAGCAGAAGAAGAAGCGAGGCGCAGAGUACUUCGAGCUGCCAGAAGGACUUGACAAGGAAUGGCAGGAGACUCACCACAAGGCACUCGUCGAGGAGCAGCGUACCAAGAUCCAGAAGAAGUUCGACAAGGAGAACGAGAAGCUCGAGGCCGAUGGUGACAAGCCCAUGAAGGCCAAGGAGCUUGAAGAGCGCAUGGAACCUGUCAAGGAACUUGAAGCUAAGCUUAAGAAGGAGUUCAAGACUGGCAAGGUUGAGGCCGAGGGUAAGAGCGCUUCCAUCGAAAAGUAUGAGAAGGACCUUGAGAAGCUCGACACUCGCAUCGCCACCAUGCAGACCCAGGCUGAGGAUCGUGACAACAACAAGGAGGUCGCCUUGGGCACCUCUAAGAUCAACUACAUCGACCCACGUCUCACUGUCGUCUUCUCCAAGAAGUUCGACGUACCGAUCGAGCGCUUCUUCUCCAAGACUCUGCGUGAGAAGUUCGACUGGGCUAUCAAGUCCGUCGACGAGGACUGGGAGUUCUGA